ACGCCCUUUAUCAAGAUGGCGGAAUCUGAUACUUGGUGGUCUUCUUGGGUCACUUCAGCUAAAGAAAAGUCACUCUCUGCUUUGAAUGCAACAAAAAGAGACUUGUCAGAAUUUAUGAGCACCGUUCAGAGGGAUACCUCAAAUGCUGUUGUUGGGGUCGCUGAUAGUGUCAAAUCUUACCUACAACAAGAAGAAAGUGUGUCCAGUGGUGAUAGUACAAGUUCCUCUACAUCAGUUCCUCAAACACAGAAAUCAAAUGAAGAAGAUCAAAUGAUUCUAACUGAAGCCACUGAUAGUGGUACUUAUGAUCGCUCGCAAGCUCUGAUUGAGACCAUUCGAAAUGAUCCAUUGUCUUACCAGUCACCACCUGAUGGUCAAGAUGAUGAUUAUGAGAAGUGGAAGAAAGGGUUUGAUGUGUCAAAUAUCCAGGAAGAAAUAUCAAAGCUAUUAGUGACUUCAAGUAGUGUCAGGAGACUCCACUCAGAACUGGUUCCCAGUAAAGUAUCAUAUGAGUCCUUCUGGUCUCAUUAUUUCUAUCGGAUUCAUUUAAUAGAAGAGGUGGACGAGAGACGAGCCCAACUGGUCGCAAGAGUCCAUUCAUCGCAAGGUCAACUGAUACUCUGGGACGAUGAUGAAGAUGAUGAUCAUGAAGAUAAAAAAGACCCACUUAAACUGAGAGAAGAAUUAAAGAUCAUGGAUAGAGCAAUGGCAGAUUCUUCGGAGAGUUUUGUCUGCAUCAGUGAAGAAGGAUCUGAAGGACAGAACAAGGAGUUGGCUGAGAGAGAAUCUCCUCCGUUGACAGUUGAAGUGGCUGGAGGGAGUGAUUCCGAUUGGGAGAAAUGGGACGAUUAAAGAUUAAAGACUCUUUUUCAGCUCAUUAUCAUUUACAAUGCAAUAAUAAGCAACACGAAACUAUAUAAUGUAAUGAAGGUUAAUUAUCUAUUGUAAUUAUUAUUAUCGUUAUGUCCGUAUUUGACUUAAUUAUUUCACAGUCUCUACAUCCAUAA